CCACCACAAUCACUGACUACACCACCACCAUAAUAAUCACCAACUCCACCACUGCUAUUUACUGCAUUGAACCCAGAUUGCCGAUUUCACAGCCCAGCAGUGUGCUAACCACUGCGUGGUUAGCACACGAUCCGUGUUCACGGUCAAAGAUGAACAACCCGCGCAGAUGGGCUCGAGUUGAGCUUGUGUGACGAGGGGUUGCCGCUUGUGAGCUGCAAUGAUCGGGGUGCGAAACUGAAAAAAAACCGGGACGUUUAAUGUCCCGGGAAGCCUUGCAGCUUUCACAGGAAAACUUCUAUCGACAAAACAGGGACGGUCUUGGAAAAUCAGGGACAGGUGGCAACUCGACUUGAAACACACGUUUGGAGCUGGAUGUGGUAACUAACUAAUCCAACUCCCAACACAAGUUCGAAGUUAACUAAUCUGUACUUACGUUGACUCAGGAAAAAAAAACUGAGUCUCAUGACUCAUUUUCAGGAGGGCCUUGCCUGCCAAGUUGUCGCUGUUUAUGGAAUGGUUGGAGGCUCCAGCACACAGCUUCACACAGACGAGGAAUAAGAACCAUGCACGAGCACAGCCGAAAGCUGUGACCAAAUCCCCUAGAAUAUGCGCCUGGUCCCGUUCUAUCUUGCAAGCCAUUAGCAUUCAUAACAGGUGUUAUAGGCUGCGUGGUUGGCAGCGGAGGAUAAUGCAGACAAUGCAAUUGUUACAUCGUUUGUACUUGCAUGUUCACUAGUCUAUGCUGCCCACCCCCCAAUUUCACACCCGUGCUGACCAGCGUGGUGAAGUAUGGUCAAAUAACCCCCACAUACACAUAGGAGCAGACUGAGAACCUUCUCGAUAAUUGGCUUAGUAGCACGGGGCAGAUAAUUCGUGACACUGCCCCCUUGCAUGUACCCUUGAUGUCCAGCUAAUCGGAUUUUGGAGGAAAUGACCAACAGAUGCGGCCGUCUCGCCCACCGCGGAACAGAGGCGACGGGGAGCCGGCUGAUACGGACAGCUCCAUCGCUGUACACGGCCCACUCGUGGCAUCAGCCAACCGGUACCAAACUGGAAAAGGGGGCAUUUUGAGCGACAAAGCCAUUAUGUUUCGUGGCAGUAGAACCCGCCAGUCCAGAGGGGAUCCGCCAGGGGCUGUCAGCCCCUAUCCUCACCCGCCUCUCCAGCCUCUCCCGCCACCGCCCGCCACCCCCCAGCAGCCGAGCCUCCUGGCUCAGAUGGCGAGCACCGCGGCCGGGGUGGCCAUCGGGUCCAGCGUGGGGCAUGUGGUGGGGAACGUCCUCACGGGGGCCCUGAAGGGAGGCUCAGGCUCAGAGGCCACCGAGGCCCAGCACUCCGAAGCACUUUCCCAGGCAGGGGGGGACGGAGGAAGGGACACGCCGGCCGAGGGGCAGUGCCUCUGGGAGCUGCGGCAGUUCAUGGAGUGCGCACAGGGACAGAGGGACCCGGCCCUGUGUGCCUCCCUCGGCGAGGCCCUGCGCCACUGCAAGCUCGGGCAUGGUCUCACUUAGGGAGGUGGCACAUCACCCUGGGACCUGAGUACAGAGGAGCGGGGAUCAGUGGCGUCGUUCUCUCUCACACCAACGAUCAUCGUCGCAGUCACCACAAUCGCCAUUGGUGACCCCUCACAUGUCACGGGCAUGAGAAUCUGUACAUUUUUAUAGAGCCACCACAAUGCUGCACACCACCCUAACACCCACGAGCCAACACACCACCACCACCGGCCUCACACCUACACAAGCCAAUCACCGAUCCAAUCUCCGUCAAACACACGCAUGACCCACCUCCCGACUUCGAGAGGUCUGUGCUGAGAACACCAAAAAUGAAAAGUGAACCAAAAGGGAAGAGGGGCCUUGGGAAGGAGUUGAGGUUAGGGGCAAGGGGUUCGUGGCUGAGUGGGUAGUUAUGGUUAGUGAGAGUGUGAUGCCACGACAGCGAAGCCGCUCCGCCGAAGCCGGGGCCGCCGCUGUGCUGCUGCGGCAGAGAAACCACCCGGCUUCCGUCACAGCGCUUUCCCCACCACCCCCCACAUAAACACACACGUGCACUCACAUAGGGCCUCGUGGGGGGGUCACCUGCCCCUGAGUUUUCACCCGAGGGCCCCCCUCGUGGGGGUGCUCCACGGUUUCUCAGGGCCAAGGAAUUGGCAGCCCCCCCCCCGGCCAAAUGGCACUGCGGCGCCGUGGAUUGACUUAAAAUCGUAUGACCACGGCGAGCUCACUGAGAACCGCAAUGAAGAAACGCCAAAGGCACUCACGGACCAGCAGCAGGUCGAGGCCCUUUACCAUGCCCAAGGUACACUCGCAACGGUAGGUAGGCGGGGGGGGGGCAGGGCAGAUUGACCUUUAAGGUCUGUAAACGACGUGUGCAAGGACCUCGCCGUGGCACGACGGGUGGUGGGGCGGUGCAGGAGGACGAGGACCUCUCAGUCGUGCACUCGGUUAAACAAUGGGGGGCGGGGCGUCGGGGAGGGGGGAUAACCCGAACGUCCGUGAGACGGGUCAGUCCGUGAGACGGGUCAGAGAGCAGCCGGGUCCAGUUUCCCAGCCAAAGCCACGUGCAGCCUCGCCUUUCCGCGGCUUCCUACACCUCGAGGUCGGAGCGUAAGUAUAGAGUGGAGAGGUAAGUCCGAGGAGAAAAUCCCGUAGAGGGGUGAGUAGGGAGAGACUAGGCAAAUUGAGCCCUAAACAGCCGGAAGAUAGGACAGACCUGCCCUGCUGACCCGCACUAACACGAGUAGAAUCAUUCUAGUUAAAUAGAGAAUAAACCACCAGUAGACAUUAAACCGUGUCGUGUUGUCUCUGUGAGUACGGGGAGGGAGGGGGGUGCGUGGUGUGGUGAGCCUGUGCAUGGUAUGGUGUCUUGUAUUUGCGCACGAGCGCAAUAUUUUGCCCUCGCGUGCGCGUUCCCCGUGCACGUUAACUGUGAGCCCGUGCGUUGUGGUGCCCCGCGUGUUCUGUACGCGUGGGCACUCUCGCCGCUGUGCAGCUCGUGGUUGGUGUGUACGAGAAGGGCACCGCGGCGUGUCUGCGAGUUGGUUAGUGCAGCCAGUUAAAUCAUGCUUCUGCGAGGAGCAGUAGCGAGGUGGGGGAGCAGAGGAGAGCGAGGGGGCACAGGAGAAUGGGGAGUCGAGGGGCAGCAGCCCUAACAAGAGAACUAGUGGCGGGGUGGCUCGUUGGUGAGGGUAAGUGGGACGGCUAGUACUAAUGGUUGAGUGAGUAGUUAUGGUUAGUGGAAGGGCUAGUACUGGUGGCUGGAUGUCUAGCUGGUUUAGUAAUGAGAAGGGUUAGCGUUUGGUUAGCUAGUAUCUUCCUCCUCCCCAUGGCCAGCUAAGUAAUUGGCUACUUCUCAGUUCUGGUGUUUCCAGACAUUUGUUGAUGGUGUAUUGUGCACGUAAUAUCAAUGCAAUAUUGACAAUAAUAUUACUAAUAAUUUACAGCCCCUUGUGGAUCUAUUGCUGGACAAAUGCCGUUUUCAUGAUGUCCUAGUUCCCGGGGGUCGUUUAACCAUACUUUACUAUGCCGAUGUUGGUUGGUUCGAGUCGUGAGGUGAGUGGGGGUGAACGGCCCAGGACCAGUUCAGAUAUCACUCGUCGUCCACUCUUCUUAGCCCUGGCCGGGAGUCGAACUCGGGUCGUCGGCUUCCUAGCACAGUGUGUGAACCAAGUGGGUCUCCGAUCCCUCUCAAACAAUCGGGCAAGCCUCCCUCAUAAAACGAAUGCACGCAUAGAGUGAAGACUCAUCUACUGCUGGCAGUCAUUGAGAUUCACGCUCUGUGUAAUUACAUUUUCAUUGGUAAAUCGUUGAUGGACGUUGUCAUGGCAUGCCUGGAAUUAGUCAUAAUAAACUAAAGCUGGCAACAUCCCCCGUGGGGGUAUACGAGUGUAAUUUCUUCACGAUCUGACCGUAUUUGCCCAUUCGCGACUCGCAUUACCAACUGCAGACUGCAGUUCUCACAAACAAACAUCAACUGCAGUGUGUGUGUGUGAGCACAUUUACGGCCAAACAGAUAUAAGAGAUGUAGGUGGGUAAAGGAGGCGUAGACCAACAGGAAUGCCUUUUUGCGAGCUGAGAGAAGAGAUGCGCAUGGAUCGGGUUGCCGCUGGCCCGGGAAUCGGAAUGUGUGUUUGCGUGGUUAUUGUGUAAUGACGACCUAAACGCACUUGUCUUGAUGCUGGUUUCUUUAUUAAGGAGCCACGUUCACUCGAACAGGCGAAGCCCCCCACUGCAACAGCCCCGGGUCUCCCGUGCAUCUCCCUUAUAUUCAGGCGAUCGAAUUAUCUCUGCAGGUCAAUCCUUUUUUUCUCGGAGCCGAGAAGAUGGUUCGCUCUGGAUG